AUGAUUGCUUCCAGGCUCUCUGCAUCCAAACCAACGAUGCUCCUCUUUACUCACUUUGUCAUCGUAGCAUGUCUAUCAGCUACCACCACCGGCGUCCUCGAGUGUAUGGUUGGAAUCCAACGCGAAUAUGUAGCAAUGGAGUACGGUUUUGAUUACUGUAUCACUUCUACCGAAUUGACGUCACGACGAUCUCUCUACCACGGUGGUGUCGGUAAACCACCGAUAUCUUAUACAGGUUGCUAUUCGCAUGCAAAGAAAGACGCAUCGAUUCACUGUAUAUGCUAUACCAAUGGUUGCAACUACGACUCGAAUCCUAAAAAAUUUGUGAAUCCUCGAGCACUGUGA